AUGGCUCAGUACACCUUCGACUCUAGUCUGUUUUCCCAAACCAUCAACAACUCCGCCAUGACUUCCACGCCCCUUCCCCCACCAUCAGUCGAGGCCAUGCCUACUACUAUCAAAAUGGAGAUGAUCGAGAACUACGACCACUCACCCUCACCCGCACACCACUCGUCCAACUCGUCGGAAGCAUCACAAACACCAGCGCCCGAGAGCAAUGGCUCAAAACCCGUCAAGAAGCGCAAGUCGUGGGGGCAGGUGCUCCCCGAGCCCAAGACCAGCCUGCCUCCACGGAAGCGGGCCAAGACCGAGGACGAGAAGGAGCAACGACGCAUCGAGCGUGUAAAGCGCAACCGCCUCGCCGCCCACAACUCCCGCGAACGGAAGCGCCAAGAAUACGAAGUCCUCCAGACCGAGAAGGACGAGCUCGAGGCCAACAUGCAAGCCUACAAACAGAAGAUGGCUGAGAUGGAGGCCGAGCUGAGAUAUUUCCGCUCCAAGUACCCCGGCGAAGCACCUCAGCCUGUCUUCGACCUCGCUACACCACCCCGCGACACCUUCGACACCAUCUGCCCCGCGCAGAUCCCCACCUCCUUCCCCAGCCCAGAGUCAAUGGACUCGAUGGACUCACCCCGUGACUCAUCGUGCCAACCUGAGACUCCCCCAUCAAGCUUUGAGGCUUCUCCCGAAUUCGACUCGACACAAUAUCCUGCCGCGAUAUUGUGCGACCUGCCGUGUCAGUCGACUUCGGGGGCCUCUCUACGGGCGACCUGGGCCUACCUCUCUCUCUUCAACCUUACGCUCCAGUCGACGAAAAAGAUCCACCAAGGGGGCGAAGAAGCAAACCGAGUUGGUGGAUGGUGGCUGUGGAUCACGAAUGAUGAGGUCUUCCAGGCCUAG